GUGGCAUGCGGUUGCAUCAUGGACAUGGGAUGCUCAAGAUGAGACAUGUGGGAUAUGUCGUAUGCCAUUUGACGGUUGUUGUCCUGACUGCAAACUCCCUGGAGAUGAUUGCCCUCUAAUUUGGGGAGCUUGCAACCAUUCGUUUCAUCUCCAUUGUAUAUUGAAAUGGGUUAAUUCACAGACGAGUCAAGCUCAUUGCCCUAUGUGCCGUAGAGAAUGGCAAUUUAAAGAGUAAGAAGUGGAGACAGAGAGUUGUGCCUUGAUUACAUAUCUAGCUUUGGUUUCCCUCUCUAAAGGUGUGUUGGAACAUUGUUUCGAAUUUAAUACGACCCCCGAUCGAUUUUAAUGGAUAUAAGUCCACUUCGAAAGUGUUGUCCGGGUGUUUGAUACGUUUUGAUCACGUUAGGCUGGCUCACGUUUAAAAAUUCAACUCCAUUUAUAUUAACUUUACCAUAUUUAAUAAGUUUAUCUUACAAUAUUGAAAUGAACAAUAAAAAAAGAAACUAUCAAAAUAACACCACCGUUCCUUCAUCAAUCGUAUCGUCCUAGUGCAGUAGAAGAGAAGAGCUGUGAUUUAUCAUGUAUAAACUAUAGUUGUACAUGAAAUAUACAAGUGGUAGCCAUAUAA